AUGGAUUUAACACCUGAGUGUCUUAAUGAUUUGUUUUACCAUGAACCUACACUCAAAAAAUUUUUGGAUUUUUGGCUUCGUUCCAGUGAUUUGGAGGAUAUGCAAAUCGAGCAUGAUAAUUACAAUAAUGAGUUGUUAACCAUUAGUUCACAUUAUGCCAAAAUAUCUGAAAUUGGAGAAAAAGUAAAAAAAUGGAGACUAGCUUUUAAGGCAUGUUUAUAUUUACCUGUAUUUUAUUUGUUCACUUCAAAGAAUGGUCCUCGUGGACUACCUUUUGAUCUGCUUGUUCAUAAGGGAAAGACUGCUUGUUCAGCAAAGUUACUUGAAGAACAAUCCAAAUUGGGUCUUAUGCAGGCUCAGGCAGAAAUGACAGAAGUUCAGGUGAAUGGAAUUGUACACACUGCAGCGCAAUUAAACAAAGGUGCUCUUUCAAACUUAGAGAAAAUCGUUUCUACAAUUGCAUCUGUGGAACCUGAAAUGAGGAAUAAACAAGCGUUUGAUGAUGAUAAUAAUCAUGAUAAUCAAAUGCAGCCACCAUCAAAGAAGUCAUUACACAAUUCCCCUGACAUUGUUGUUGAUGAAGAGUACAAUGAAAUUGCAGAGUGUGAAUAUUUAAAAACUCAAAUGAUUCAAGAGUACACUCAUACCACCACAAAUGAAUUAUGUGAGAUUAUAAAUAAAGUAAAGAAUUCCACACAUCGGUUGUUUGAAUAUCAAAUCAUUGAUCUUUCUGACCGAAAUGCGGCAAACCCAGUGAAUAAAAUCUUCACAACCAGUGAAAAAGAAUUGUUGAAAGGUUUCUGGGAUACUUCUGAAGGAUCAUAUCAAUUUAAUACAUAUGACCCCAAAUGGGAAGAAAUUAUAAAACCUCUUUUGAACACUUAUGGUGGGGCUUUCAUUGAGCCUAAAUCAAUGCUUGAUGAUGUUCUGAUGAAUCUUGACAUUGUUAUGGAGAAGCCAUACAAUGGUGUCUUCAACUACAAACAGCAUUACAUUCUUUUAUGGAUACCAUUCGAUUCAGAACAUGGGUUCCACAUUUCACUGCAAAAUGCUGAUUUUUCAUUGAACUCUAAUAUUAAUGUCUACUUAUCCUUUAUACUUAGUGGCAAAAUUGAGAAUAUGUUAACAAAAAAACAAAGAAAUGAAACUGAACAACAAAAAUCUUGUAUCUGCCUUGGUUGUAACCAAGAUGGUAUCAUUGAAAUCAGUUUAAAUACAACGGACUUGGAGAUUGGUUUCAUGGAAGUUGUUGGUAGUGCAAUUGAAAUUGACUUUAAAAAACUAGGUGAGGACAUUGAAAAAGUCUUCAAAGCAAUUCAAAUUUCCAUGUUCUAUCAGAGACUAUAUUUCCUUCAAUGUGGAGCCACUGAAGAUAAAAUCAAAUUCAUAGAAAGUUACGGAAUUGUAGUAUAUC